UCUCUCUCUCUCUCUCUCUCUCUCUCCGUUUCUUUUCUCUGAGAAUUGUCUGUAUUUAAUUUUCUCACAGAGUUUUCGUUUAUUUCUCUGAUGUUUCUGCUAAUUCACUCCACUAGUCGUUUUGAAAAAUCAAAAUCUAUAUACGUAGCAUGUAAGCUUCCUUUCCUCCUAACCUCUCAAUCUCUCAUGUCCUUCGCAUUUCCCCUCAUGAGUCGGGACGCUGCCACUCUGCUGAGAUGGUAGGGUUUGAUUUUCUACCUUAAACCUCCCCUACAUUUGCAGACUUUCUUUAGCUCUCUAUUUUGGAUGAGAAAAUGGGUCUUUCCAUGAACAGAGCCUUAUUUUGGUGUAGGAAGAAAUUCUUGUUUUCUUAUCUAGUCCUCCUCUUUUUUUUUUUCAAAUUUUAGAUGAUUUGAGGUUCUGAUUUAUUGUUUGGAGAUCGACGGUUUCUGGGUAUAUAUUGCUUUACUGUACUUGUAUGUAACUCUGAGCUUGAAUUGCUAAGAUUGAGUCCUGGAUGACAGUUGGUACUCAAAAUAUUGAUAUUUGAGUAGCAGUUUUGUGGGGAAGAAACUGAUAUAUUGCUCCUUCUUGCUUUAGCAGAGCACACUUUCUUCAAUUAAUUCUCUAAUGUGGUAGCUUGGAUUCUGGGAUUUGUAUGCUGCAAUCUAGUUUUUGUUUGACCUUAAAGAGCUCGACUAGAGUUCUUUUUGUUCUUAUGGAAGUAGAAUAUUGCAGUCAAAAGAAUGGUGUUUAGGAUUCUGUUGAGGCUUUAGUUCUGCAAUUGUAAGGUUGAAGUUGCAAGACAUUAAAGCACAUUGUUACGACUCAGCAUGACAUGGAGGAGUUGAUGAGUAACACUUUUUCCACGACAGCACCCCACUUGGCAAGGAGAAACAUGCAAACCUCAUGAAGAGCAUCUUAGGGAAUAUUCCAUUUUUCUGUUGAAGGGUAGACCAUUGUUAGGAUAUUAUAUAUACAGUAAGACAUGAUGUAAGGGGGUAAUGAAUAUACAAAAAUCCUUUCUCUCUUCUCUGUUCUUCUAGGAGGUAGCUACCCUCGAAGUUAGCUUGUGAUCCGUUAUCCUGCCGUUCACGGAGACGUUCGUAUCAUUGGUGCUUUCAUUGAGAGAUAUGGCCGACGGAACUUGCUUCGGCCAACUGGAGUCUGUUAAGCUCCUCAACAAGACGACGGCAGCACACAACGAACGUCUAAACUCCCUUCGAUCCACCAUCACCGUCCAACAACAGUCCACCUUGCGCAUCAACCCAUCUUCCCCACCUGAAAUUUCUUUCGGCUGCCCAUCCACCUCUACCUUACCACUGCCACAUACCACUCAGCCUCAUACCACCCAAACUCGUGCGAUUCCCCUUGAUUUUCCCAGAUUCAAUGGCAUUGAUCCAGUCGGAUGGAUCUUCAAGGCCGAACACUUCUUCGAUUACCAUGGUGCCGCCGACGAUCAACGCCUUCUAAUUUCUUCUCUCCAUAUGGAUGGCCCUGCCCUCUGGUGGUUUCAAGGGGUGCUUCGUGUCACUCAAUUCACUACCUGGCCGGAUUUCACUCAAGCUUUGGAGAGUCGCUUUGGGAUUUCCAAGUUCAAGGAUCCUCAGGACACUCUUCCCAAACCCACACAGUCGGCCUUAGUUGCAGACCAACAAUCUCGAAUUGAAGCUUCAGAAAACUUGUCUCCACCAAUUUUAAGUAGUCAUUUCAUUUCUAGACCUCGAUCCGACAUCCUUAGUGAGGUAUUGGCUCUCCAAUCAAGUUCUAUGUCUCAAGCAGUUGGUCUCGUCCAUCACCAGGAAGAGAAAUUCCUUGAGGUCAGUCGCCCUGCACUCCGAACUGGCAUACCCACCGUACCUCAAGCACCAUUUCUCCUUUCACUAGCACUUCCACCAUCCACAGACACCCAAUCUUAUCCUCGGAUCCCGAAAUCCCUCGAAGUCGGUCGCCCUGUGCUCCAAACCAGCAUACACACCAUACCUCGACCACCACUUCCCCCUUUUAAUUCAUGGAUCACGAUCCAAUAUCCGACUUCAAUAGAGAUGCAUCCCUAUCGAGAGAAAGGCCUAUGCUACAAUGAUGGUGAAAAAUUCGCCGCUGGCCACAAAUGUAAGCCUCGCCAACUAUUUUUGCUUGUAUACGAGGAUGAUGCCCUAACUACAAAUUUGUUGGGUGAAGACUCCUCCCCUGGCCACAGAUGUAAAUCUCGCCAGCUAUUUUUGCUUCUGUAUGAGGGUGAUUCCCCAACUAUGGAUCUAUUGGAUGAAGAUUCAUCAACAUAUGUCGAACCUUUCAUUUCGGUCGUCUUGAUUUUGUAUCAUGCCAUGUCUGGCCACUCUUCCCCUUCGACCUUGUGGUUGUCACAGACUAUCGUUGGAACUCCGAUGCAAGUUCAGAUCAAUGGUGGCAGCGUCGACUUUGUCCAAGGCCGGGCCGCCCAAUGCCUUGGUCUUGUUAUUGAACCCGCUCCCAAUAUCAACGUUUUGGUUGGCAAUAGUGAUUGCAACAGCAAAGGGAUUGAGAGAAACCUCCCAGAAAUUUUAAGAAAUGAUCUUCAAGUGCCUCGUCAAAGAAGGGAUGUAAGCCAGCUAACAACUCAUGAAAAUGGUUUUUGUGUUGGAUUCAAGGGAUCCUAUGUUGGGAGAAAAGCUGAGAAAUAUUUUAUCAAUAAUCACUCAGGCUUCAGAGUCAUGUAUCACAAGAACCUUGAGACUGCUUCUGCUUGCAUGGUUGGCUUUGAGGUUGCUCCAAUCAGCAUCACUCAUUUGGUAAGAGACACCAAAAAUAUAAUUAAAGGUAAGAAGAUGGUAUUUACACAUGAUGUUUCUUUCAAGCUUAGUGAAUUCAAGUGGGCAACUCAUUGGGACACCUAUCUCCUUAUGAAUGAUGAUCAAAUCCAUUGGUUCUCCGUUAUCAAUUUUCUGAUGAUUUUCCUGUUCUUUUAUGAUAUAAGAACUCUUUGUAGAGAUAUCGCCAACUAUAAUCAGUUGGAGACCAAGGAUGAAGCCCAAGAGGAAACGGCAGGGUGGGAGCUUGUCCAUGGAAAUGUUUUCAGGCCCCCUGUCAAUUCUGGUUUACUUUGUUUCUAUGUUGGAACAUGGGUCCAGAUUUUUGGAAUGACACUUGUUCCAAUAAGUUUUGCAUUACUGGGUUUCCUAUCACCUUUAAACCGAAGGCGGCUUAAGACUACCAUGGUUCUCUUGUGGGUUUUUAUGGGUUUAAUUGCAGGUUAUUCAGCUCAUUGGUACAAGAUGUUCAAGGGAGCAAAAUGGAAGAGAAAUACUUUGAAAGCUACAUUCAUUUUUCAUGGUAUACUCUUUUCAAUCUUGUUUGCGUUGAAUGCACUCAUAUGGGGAGAGCAGUUUUUUGGUGCGUUGCCCUUUGGUACCAUGUUUGCUCUUGCAUUCUUAUGGUUGGGUAUAUCAGUACCAUUGGUUUUUGUGGGUAACUAUUUGGGUUUCAAAAGCCCAGCUAUUAAGGACCCAACGGAGAUAAAUAAGAUCCCAAUAGAGAUAACAAAGAAGGCCUGGUACAUGAAACCAGCCUUUUCUAUUCUUAUUGGAGGCAUACUUCCCUUUGGAGCUAUGUUUGUUGAAAUCUGUUUCAUCUUGACAUCAAUAUGGUUGAACCAGUUCUACUACAUCUUCAGUCCCUUGCAAGCCUUAGACAAUGUGGUCAAGGUCGCGUGUAAACUAGACUUAUCGGCCAUGGCAAAAAGUUGCCUCAAGCAACGGGAUUGCGAGGUAAGACAUGUUCUAGUCCACUGGGGUGGUUUACCUUGGAAGAGGCUUAAUGGGAAGACAUUACGUUCUUCAUCGUCGCCCCACUCGAACCUUGAGGACAAGGUUCUUUUGGAAGAAGAUGGCAAUGUUACGACUCAGCAUGACAUGGAGGAGUUGAUGAGUAACACUAUUGCCACGACAGCACCCCACUUGGCAAGGAGAAACAUGCAAACCUCAUGAAGAGCAUCUUAGGGAAUAUUCCAUUUUUCUGUUGAAGGGUAGACCAUUGUUAGGAUAUUAUAUAUACAGUAAGACAUAUGAUGUAAGGGGGUAAUGAAUAUACAAAAAUCCUUUCUCUCUUCCCUGUUCUUCUAGGAGGUAGCUACCCUCGAAGUUAGCUUGUGAUCCAUUAUCCCGCCGUUCACGGAGACGUUCGUAUCACACAUCCUCUUCUGAUUUGAACACGAUAAAUUCAAAAGCGAACCACUUACCCUUUAUGAUCAAACGAGGAAUGGGAUGGUUUUGUUCAAAGUGAAAUGUUCAGGAAGUUCCAGAAAAUGGCAAUAUGUGGGCAUCUUCCGGACUAAAAAAGAAAGGUUUCAGACAAGACAAGCAGUGGUUUUUUAUUGAAGCUAGUUUGAGCUUUUGGGCGAAGUGCAGACAUCUUCCCCAUUCUGUAUGAUUGAAUUGUCUGUGUUUCUUAUUAAUCUCUCAUAUCUGUUUAGUUUCUUCCUAAUCUGCUUAACCUGAAAUUACAUGUCUGAUCUCUUUCUGGCUACUUUGUGGAUGUACACUGGGACUCUACUUUCACACCUGCUAUCUGCUUUUAGAAUUCUCUUAAAUGUUUCCAGCAGGUAGCCCUUUCCAGUAUGCUAUUCGACCAAAUUCAAUCCAUUCUGAUUGCAUUUUUGCUAGUAGUUAAGUUUUCCCUUUGUAUCUCUCAAUUCUGAAUAUUUUGGUUCUAUAUUGUUCUGGUUCAUUCUCUUGGAGUUAUUGUAUUAAUGGAUGCUUCUGCUAUGUAGCUUCAGCUUCUAACUGAUUAUUUGUGAAUGGAUAUUAUAUCUGUCACCAUCAGUCAUGUGGAUGGUGUUUUAGGAAUUAAAAAUUGUGCACUGUGAGAAUGGAUGAUUACCUUUUACCCAUUUUAUGACUCUUUGAUGUUUUGUGGGCCAACACUAAAUUGAUUUAGAUUGAAUUCAAAUUUUCUCUAUGAUCUGGUUUUCUUUCUUUUUAUUUGCUUGAUUUGUUCAUUCAUUUGAACGAGAAUUUAUUUCAGAUGGAUCAUGGAAAGGGGAUUGAAGGAGGUAUGAAGGGUGGUC